AUGGCGCUUGGAAGGCUGCUUACAUUGAUGGCGGUCUCGUCCCAUCAAAAGCGAGACGCACCAGACCUGAAAGUUUGUGCUGGAAACAACGGAACUACCACCAUAAUAGAUGAAAUCCUUCAUAACACAUCUACCCUAACGUCUGCUCUCCGAAGCUCCUCUGAAGGAUAUGCCCGAACACUCGACCGUCUUUCGGGUGCAAAAAGGCUGGUUCCCUUGAGUCCUGAACUCUCAACCCCAUCCUGUUCAGAUGCGUCUCAGGUCGUUCGUCAGAGGUUCUACGAUUCGGAAGAUCUGGAAGUGUGGCAAAAAGACAGUGUCCUUGUGGUUCAUAAAUCGUCGGUUUCUGCCUUUUCCCGUAUCGUUAUCUUGCAAAAUCUGACAUUGAACGAAGAAGCCAUCAUCAAGCGAAUAUCAGAUGCCAUUCAGCAGAAGCUCGUGGGUAUUCGAGUAUCAGAUACAUGGAUAUAUGCAUGCACUCGACGUCUGUAUUUCUAA